AUGUAUGAUAAUAAAUUUUUACCAAAAUUAUCUCAAAGUUUACUUGAAAUUUUAGAAGAUAAUGAAUUUUAUGAUAUUACCAUUGAAGUUGUUAAUGACCUUUACGUGAAAAUUUUCCGUGCUUGCAUGGUCAUUUUAAAUUAUCGUUCUCCUCAUUUGCGAAGAAUUUUAUCAACUAACGUUAAUAAAAAGAAAGAUGAUGGAACUUUAUUUUAUCCGGAAUUUUUCAAGGAAGGCUUUCUUCAAAAGAAUAUGAUACUCGAAUAUUAUUAA